AUGGCAGAUGGUACCUACCGGUUCCAGCAGCCUGGGGUCGGGCAGUUCUACUUUCAGCAACAAACACAGCAGCACAACCAUCCCAACACCCAUCAGAGACAACUCGUUCGACACGGAACCGGAUCUCCCACUGGGAGACUGAAAUUCAAUACCGACACCCCUUCUCCAUCCCGUUCUCCUCCGCUCAACCAGUCACCCGGUCAUAACCCAUAUACCAUGUAUUCACAGGGCCAGCAUGUCAUGAUGAAUGGCGGACAGGCCCACCAGAGGUUUGGGAUACCUAUGCAGAAGUUCCAACACCAGAGUCACCAUCCACAUCAUACGCAACAACAUCCCCACCCCCAACACCCCCACUCCCAAACAACCCACUCUUCUAUCGGCCAUCAACAUAACUUCUCAUCCGGCGCACUGUCAAGUACUGCUCCUCAUUUUACCCCAACCCACAUUCCCAACGGUACAACAGCAAACGUAGAUGAGGAAAUUGAGGAGCCCAUGAACGAGCACUGGCAGCAGCAGCUACAGCUUGCCGCAGAGUCGAGGCAGGCGAACUCUCCUCACUAUUACGCUCGGUCCGUCGCUCAACAGACGAAGGGCAUCCAAAUCACAUCCAGCCAAACAGAGAAUAACGAAAAUGGCACGGAAGAACGGAAUCGCUCCAAAGCAACCAAAGAGGUUGCAAGAAGGCAGGACUGGAUGGCCCUGGAUUUCGGUGGGCAAGGCCUUCGAUCAAUCUCAGCCGGUCUUUUCCAUUACACCUUUUUGGAAAAGCUGUAUCUCAAUCACAAUAAAUUGAAGACCCUCCCUCCAACUAUCGGGCAGCUGAAAAGUCUUACCCAUUUGGACGUUUCUGGAAAUGAGCUAACUGAACUUCCUGGAGAGAUUGGUAUGCUCAUUAACCUAAAGAAACUGCUGCUAUUUGACAAUAACCUCCAUUCUCUUCCGUUCGAAAUGGGAUAUCUGUAUCAACUCCAAACUCUUGGUAUAGAAGGAAACCCUCUGAAUGAAGUGUUCAAGUCACGAAUUAUGCAAGAAGGGACAAAAGCGCUCAUCACAUACCUUAAAGAAGAAAUGCCGAUUCAUUUACCACCUUCGGAACGUGACUGGGUUGUCCUCGACGAUUCGAGUAGAAAUUUAGCCAAGGGUCAAAACGAGAAGUUCACUGCCCUCUCCUAUAAUACGCUCUGUGAUCGAUCGGCAACCCAUCAGCAACAUGGCUAUGCACCUUCUCGAGCGUUGGCGUGGGAAUACCGCAGAGACCUCCUUCUAAAUGAAAUUAAAGGGUAUAACGCCGAUAUCGUGUGUUUACAAGAAAUUGAUCAAGGCAGCUACCAUGGCUUCUUUAGAGAACAACUUGCAUACAAUGAUUACAAGGGAGUUUACUGGCCGAAAGGCAGAGCGCAAGGCAUGCCGGAGGAGGAGGCUAAAGUGGUUGAUGGCUGUGCGACAUUCUUCAAGGGCAGCAAAUACAUCCUUCUCGAGAAGAAUAUGAUCCAUUUUGGUCAAACUGCAGUCCGGAGACCCGAUGCUAAAGGCCAAGACGACAUAUACAAUCGAUUAUGGCAAAAGGAUAACAUUGCAGUCGUCACAUAUCUGGAGAAUCGACUCUCUGGUGAGCGGCUGAUCGUAGUGAAUGUUCAUUUAUAUUGGGACCCGGCGUAUAAGGACGUUAAGCUCAUCCAAGCUGCAAUUUUGAUGGAAGAAGUAACACAGCUUGCCGAGAAGUAUGCUAAGAUUCCUGCUUGCAUCGAUAAAACUGCCUUCCGAUUCUCUGAGCCAGGCAAUUCGACAGAUGGGGAUGGCACUGCUACUCCAGCAGAACCCGCGCCUUCGGUUGAAUAUAGCAGCGGCUCUCAGAUCCCGCUUAUUAUAUGCGGUGAUUUCAAUUCGUACCCCGGAUCCGCUGUCUACGAACUUAUGAACCGCGGCCACCUGAUCGAAGACCACCCGGACCUUGAAAAACGUCUUUACGGAAAUCUCAGUCGCCUGGGGAUGUCUUAUCCAUUCAACCUGAAGUCUGCUUACGGUGCAAUCGGAGAACUUGAAUUUACUAACUAUACCCCCGACUUCGCUGAUGUGAUUGACUAUAUUUGGUAUACAUCCAAUGCGCUCCAGGUAACCGGGUUGCUUGGUGAAGUGGAUAAGGAGUAUCUCCAACGAGUUCCAGGAUUCCCCAAUUACCAUUUCCCCAGCGACCACCUGGCUAUAAUGGCAGAGUUUUCCUUCAAGAGUAAAAAGGGUAAGGUUGUUGAGGUUGAUUUCGGGUCGCAACGGGAUAAGGAUCGGGAUCGGGAUCGGGAUAGAGCUUCUUGA